GGAGGUGAGCAGAAGCGAAGUCACGUUGACCUCAUUUGUUUUCAUCCGCAGUUGACCUUCCAGUCGCGAAUCAAUGUACAAUUAUGGAGAGAAAAAAGAGAGCACUUUUUAUGAUAUGUCAGUUCCUGGAGGAGCAAGGUUAUCAACAGACUUUGAAACAAAUUAUUGCAGAAAGUGAAUUUCAGUAUGAUGCGAAAUCGAGUGACUCUUGUGCAUCAGGGAAGCUGCUAGCCCUUAUUGAUGAUGAAAUGACAGAUAAGGAAGGGAAAACACGGAAUAAGAGAAGUGAGCUUUUAUCUGGAGAUGGAAAUUUUGUCAAUGAGGAGUAUUGUGUUAUUUGUGGAUUUGCAGGAAGUGCAAAUGUGUUAGCUUCCCAGCUAUCUUCAAAUGGAGUUCUUGCAUCAUCAUGUUCAGGCACAUUGUUCUACACAUUUGAACUGGGAAACGAUUUUAAAGCUUCAUCUGUGACCACAAUUCCUAAGUCACAUCCAUUCCAUUCAGCA